GCCCGCCUAGUGCGUGUCCGUAGACUGAGGCCCAGCCCCCUUCGCCUGUUUUGAGCGCCUCCAGCAUGUCUGACAAACUGCCCUACAAAGUCGCUGACAUCGGACUGGCUGCCUGGGGACGCAAGGCCCUGGACAUUGCUGAGAACGAGAUGCCGGGCCUGAUGCGUAUGCGGGAGCAGUACUUGGCCUCCAAGCCACUGAAGGGCGCUCCUAUUGCUGGCUGCCUGCACAUGACAGUGGAGACGGCCAUCCUCAUUGAGACCCUCAUCGCCCUGGGUGCUGAGGUGCAGUGGUCCAGCUGCAAUAUCUUCUCCACCCAGGACCAUGCGGCAGCUGCCAUUGCUAAGGCUGGCAUUCCGGUGUAUGCCUGGAAGGGCGAAAUGGACGAGGAGUACCUGUGGUGCACUGAGCAGACGCUGUACUUCAAGGAUGGGCCCCUCAACAUGAUUCUGGAUGACGGGGGCGAUCUCACCAACCUCAUCCACACCAAGUACCCGCAGCUCCUGUCAGGCAUCCGAGGCAUCUCUGAGGAGACAACGACUGGGGUCCACAACCUCUACAAGAUGAUGGCCAAUGGGAUCCUCAAGGUGCCUGCCAUCAACAAUGACUCCGUCACCAAGAGCAAGUUUGACAACCUCUAUGGCUGCCGGGAGUCCCUCAUAGAUGGCAUCAAGCGGGCCACAGAUGUGAUGAUUGCCGGCAAGGUAGCAGUGGUAGCAGGCUAUGGCAAUGUGGGCAAGGGCUGUGCCCAGGCCCUGCGGGGUUUCGGGGCCUGUGUCAUCAUCACUGAGAUUGACCCCAUCAAUGCACUGCAGGCUGCCAUGGAAGGCUAUGAGGUGACCACCAUGGAUGAGGCCUGUCAGGAGGGCAACAUCUUUGUCACCACCACAGGCUGUGUUGACAUCCUUGGCUGGCACUUUGAGCAGAUGAAGGAUAAUGCCAUUGUGUGUAACAUUGGACACUUUGACGUGGAGAUCGAUGUCAAGUGGCUCAAUGAGAACGCCGUGGAGAAGGUGAACAUCAAGCCGCAGAUGGACCGGUACCGGCUGAAGAAUGGGCGCCGCAUCAUCCUGCUGGCUGAGGGUCGGCUGGUCAACCUGGGUUGUGCCAUGGGCCACCGCUUCGUGAUGAGUAACUCCUUCACCAACCAGGUGAUGGCACAGAUCGAGCUGUGGACCCAUCCAGACAAGUACCCCGUUGGGGUUCACUUCCUGCCCAAGAAGCUGGAUGAGGCAGUGGCUGAAGCCCACCUGGGCAAGCUGAAUGUGAAGUUGACCAAGCUGACUGAGAAGCAAGCCCAGUACCUGGGCAUGUCCCGUGAUGGCCCCUUCAAGCCGGAUCACAACCGCUACUGAGAGCCAGAUCCAGUGGUUCCUCAGCCCACGACAGAUGAGAAGGGGGUAUAUUGAAGGGCAAAGAGGAACUGUUGUUUGAAUUUUCCUGAGAGUCUGGCUUAGUGCUGGGUCUUAAACCUCAUAACAAUGAGGUUAGUACUUUUAGUCCCUGUUUUACAGGGGUUAGAAUAGACUGGUAAGGGGCAACUGAGAAAGAAUAGAGAAGUGACAACCAGAGGUUGAGAGGGGCCAGAAAAACAUGAAUGAAUGCAGGCAGAUUUCGUGAAAUCUGCCACCACUUUAUAACUAGAUGGUUCCUAUCACAACCCUGGGUCAAAAAGAGAAUAAUUUGAUCUAUAAUGUUAAAAGAAAGCAGGAAGGUGGGUAAAUAAAAAUCUUGGUGUCU